AUGGCAACAUACAAACUUUAUUAUUUUAAUGCUCGUGGUCGUGCUGAAGUUCUUCGUUUACUUUUUGCUGCUGCUGGUCAAAGAUUUGAAGAUAGUCGUUUUGAACAAAAUACAUGGCCUUCAUUUAAAUCUCAAAUGCCUUUAAGUCAAGUGCCUGUUCUCGAAGUCAAUGGUACAACAUUAGUUCAGUCACAAACAAUUGCUCGUUUCCUUGCUAGACAAUUUCUAUUAGGUGGUAGAGAUGGUUUUGAAUUAGCUAAAGUUGAAGCUGUUGUUGACACAAUUAAUGAUUUUGUAUCGAUACUUAGUCCAAUACGUCGUGAACAAGACGAAAAGAAAAAAAAAGAACAAUUGCAAAAAUUCCUUAAUGAUGAUUUACCAAAACAUUUACAAAAUCUUGAAAUCUUAGCUAGAUUAUAUGGUAAUGGUGGUCAAUAUUUUAUUGGUAAUAAUUUAACAUUGGCAGAUUUAACAUUCUAUGAUGCUGGAGAAACUCUUCUUCAAUUAGAUCCAAACUGUUUAAAUAACCAUCCAUGGUUAAAACAAAAUCGUCUUCUAGUUGCAAGUCAACCAAGAAUUGCAGAAUAUCUCAGAAAUCGACCCAAAACAGCAUUUUGA